GCUCGGCGCGCGCUGGUGACGCCAACACUGCGCCGGAAGUACGCGCCGUGGGCUGCGGCGCUCCGCUAUGGCGGCUGCUGGGGCACGCUGGAACCAUGUGUGGGUGGGCACCGAGACCGGGAUCCUGAAAGGGGUGAACCUUCAGCGCAAACAGGCGGCGAACUUCACGGCGGCAGGACAGCCGCGGCGCGAGGAGGCGGUGAGCGCCCUGUGCUGGGGCGCGGGCGGCGAGACUCAGAUCCUGGUGGGUUGCGCCGACAGAACGGUGAGGUACUUCAGCACCGAGGAGGGCCGAUUCCAGGGCCAGAAGCACUGCCCUGGUGGGGAGGGCACGUUCCGAGGUCUCGCCCAGGUCGACGGCACCCUUAUCACAUGUGUGGAAUCUGGGAUUAUCCAAGUCUGGCACAACGACAAGGAGGCAUCCUUUGACCCACUCCUGGAACUGAGUGUGGGUCCUGGGGUGUGUAGGAUGCGCCAAGACCCGGCACACCCCCACAUGGUUGCCACGGGUGGGAAAGAGAAUGCUUUGAAGGUGUGGGACCUACAGGGGUCUGAGGAGCCUGUGUUCAGGGCCAAGAAUGUACGGAAUGACUGGCUUGACCUGCGGGUUCCCAUCUGGGAUCAGGACAUACAGUUCCUCCCUGGGUCUCAGAAGCUUGUCACCUGCACAGGGUACCACCAGGUCCGUGUCUAUGAUCCAGCCUCCCCCCAGCGCCGGCCAGUCCUGGAGGCCACCUAUGGAGAGUACCCGCUUACAGCCAUGACCCUCACUCCUGGGGCCAAUUCAGUGAUCGUGGGGAACACUCACGGGCAGCUGGCAGAGAUUGACCUUCGGCAAGGGCGCCUCCUGGGCUGUCUGAAGGGGCUAGCAGGCAGUGUCCGAGGAUUACAGUGCCACCCUUCAAAGCCCCUACUAGCCUCCUGUGGCUUGGACAGAGUCUUGAGGGUACACAGGAUCCGGAAUCCACGGGGCCUGGAGCAUAAGGUUUAUCUCAAGUCUCAACUGAACUGCCUUCUCUUGUCAGGCAGGGAUAACUGGGAGGAUGAGCCCCAAGAGCCCCAAGAGGCCAAAAAGGCGCUCCCAGAAGACACAGAGACAGAUGAACUUUGGGCCUCCUUGGAGGCAGCUGCCAAGCGGAAGCUCCCUGAUUUGGAGCCGACCCAAGGGGCUCUCCAAACCAGACGGAGAAAAAAGAAGCGGCCUGGGUCCACCAGCCCCUGAAGAGCCUGUGCUCACUUGGCUUCGAUGAGGACCCGCAGGACGGCCCGAAUCGCAGGUCGAAUGAAAGCCUUUUGAUCACCGUGCUGUGGCGGCGGCUAUCCCUGUUCAGCCGUCGGGGGUCAAACAAGAGGCAAUCAGCCCAGAAUCAAAAGCAGGGGUUACAGGAGAGCAACCAGGAGGGGGUCCUGGAGGAGCCGGAGAAGGGGUGACCUUCAGGUGCCCUGCUCUCAGUCUGCCCCAGCCUCCAGAGAAUAAAGUUUCUAACGUGUA